AUGGAACUAUUCAAAAGGGCGAAAACGGUUCGCCUUCAUAGCGUAAGGGAAAAAUACAUGGUGGCCGACGACGACAAGGAAACGGUUUUCCAAGACCGUGAUGGAUCCACAGAAAAGGCCGAAUGGGAGGUCAUACCAACCGGCGAAAAUUUCAUACGUUUCAAAAGUUGUUAUGGAAAAUACUUGAUGGCUUCUAACGCGACAUUUCUUGAAGGCGUAAAAGGAAAAAAGGUCCUUCAAACGGAAUUGAAACCAGAUUUAGACGGGAGCAUCAAUUGGGAACCAUUAAGAGACGGUUUCCAAGUUCGACUUAAAACGCCUACGGGUAGUUUCUUGCGCCCAAAUGGAGGCGUACCCCCUUGGAGAAAUACGAUUACACAUGACAACCCGCAUAGGCCAAAAACAAAGGAAAAGGUUUUGUGGGAUAUUGAAGUCGUACAAAAUCUUCCGUCUUAUCGAAAACAGAAUUCAGAUUCGAAACUCUAUUGUGUGUUCGAUAACAAAUGACCUUA